CCUGAGUGCAAGCUACUGAAAUGAAUGCUAAGUAUUUUUUCAUCUGUAGUUUCUUAGGAAUUGUUCCAGUUUUUAUUUUCGCACGAACUCUGUUGUAUCGGAAUUUUAAAGGGCCGUAUGGAUAUACAUUUAACAUAUUUGGAAAUGUUUAUAAUAUAUUUGAUGGUCACAUACACAAUGGUGGAUCAAGUUCUACGCUACCAGCAAGUUAUCUUCAUGCAAAUAUGAAUAACACUGGAGUUAUAGUGGCCAGGGCAGAUAUGACCCCAAAUUCAACCGGAUUGAAAUAUCAUCGAACUGGAUCUAUCCAUGGAAAGGAUGCAAUACAAUUAGCAAUUGAUCGAGAAAAGAUAAUAGACUUAUUUGGAAUAAACGAAUCGAUGUAUAGGAAUAUCAGUAGCGUGAUAACAGAACAAGAGAUGUUUGAUCGACAGAUGAGAAUCCCGACACCGAUCCUAGAUAUAAAUCCCCCAAGUGAAUUCCUGCAGGAGUCGAAGAAUCCCUGCUGGAUAGGGAAUAUUUUCGAGAGCGAUACAAACCCCUGCACUGAAGACAAUGGUCUGUGUAAAUUGUACAAAAAACUAUUUAACCAAACAACUAACAUACAAACAAAUCGUCUAAAAACUCGCAGUCCAUGGAAACUAAGAUGUAUACCAUAUUUUUACCUCAUAGGCUUUCCAAAGUGUGGAACCACCGACCUUGCAGCUAGGAUUUCACAUCAUCCGCAAAUAUUAGGUAGAUUCAAAGAAUUCCAUUUCUGGUCAAAACUAAGGAAGGAUACGCAGGGAGGUUUGAUUGACACCUUUAAACCGUAUGUUGAUAUGUUUGAUAUGAUUGCCGAAAACAUUCGGAACGACAUCAAGCUUCGCAGUCAUUCCGAUGCCAUCACAGGCGAUAAUUCCCCAUCAACUGUCUUCUUCUACAAUGGGGAAUAUGAUGGAAAUGGCCCCGUCAUCAUAAAUGCCGAUAUCAUGAAACACAUAAGCCCAUCAACGACGAAAUAUAUUUGUAUAUUAAGAGACCCAGUAGAAAGAUCUCUGUCCGAGUACUACUACUGGCACAACGAAGAAGGUGCAAUAAAGUCCAAUAUGAAUCACAGUCAGUAUUAUCAUGUGAUGGUCCAAGAUGGAAUCAGGCGAUUUGAGGAGUGUGCUUCAAAUAAUCCUCUCAGAUAUUGUGUUUAUUUGCUUUCCAGAAAAGGAUUUGGGCGUGGUGCCAUGUUUCGUGUUGCACUUGGAAUUUAUCACGUGUUUUUGGAUGAUUGGAUCAAAGUGGUUGGAAAGGACGCCUUACUGGUUCUUAAGAUGGAAGACUUAAGGACGAACCUGACAGGAGUUAUGACAUCAGUAUUUGACCACUUGGAUGUCAAACCACGCUUAGAAAACCUUGAAGAGGAAUACACACGAAAAAUAUUAAAAACCUGUGGAAAAGUGAGGUUCUCAGAAUGGCCGUUACCCCUGACGGCGCUUGCGAGUUAUCCCGGCUCUGGCAACACAUGGACGCGGUAUAUACUCCAGCAGGCAACAGGCAUCUACACUGGGUCGGUUUACAGCAAUGACGAUGAGCUGAGACUUAACGGCUUUCCCGGAGAGGGAGUUACAAACGGGUCUGUUCUGGUAAUUAAGACACAUCGUGCUCUUUUAUCACAUAGAAAGUACGACAGGAUAGUGAUGAUCAUCAGAAGUCCAUUCCAAGCGUAUUUGACUGACUUUAACAGACGCAGGGGUCAUGGGCAUACCGCUAUUGUGGAAUUGACAGAAGGAUGGUCUGGGUAUGUGCGGCGACAACUUGAUACUUGGCGUGCGUUUUACGUCAACUGGAUGUCUUACGCUAGGGUACCUUUUCACAUGAUCUUCUACGAGAAACUACGAGAAAAUGUGAGAUCAGAAUUAACCUCACUUUUAGAUUUCCUUGAAUUUCCAAUACACGAGGAUAGAAUUGAAUGUCUCAUGGAAAGGACAGAAGGAAAUUUUAAACGACAAAGUGUGAAUAGUGAUCGUAGAGACAUCUAUUCAUCAAAUGUAACUAAGAUUUUACGUGAACACGUUGCAGAAGUCUGUAAGCAAUACACAGAGAAUAUCGUGCAUGAAGAAAGUACACCCAAGGACAUUGCUCGUACAUGUGGCCCAACAGUAAUACCUAAUGUGAGAACUGAAACCUUCGAGGAACUUGUUAAAGACACGUUCUUUGCCUUUUCGGCAUUUCGGGACAUGCGCAUUGUUGACGAUAGCAGGAAUAUGAAACAGUUGAUUGACGCGCAUGCGCAGUUCGCCGACUCAGAAGGUCAAGUCGGAGUUGUACGACUUAUUGGAGUAGCUUCACGGGAUAUACCUGAUUUGUAUUGCAGACUUUCCGAUAAAAGCGGAAAUGGAUAUAGCGUUCCUGCAAGACAUCACGCUAUGAGCAGAGUGUUAGUUGAGACGAUGUAUAGAGAAUGUACCUAUUUUCCAUAUUUCGUUGACUGUCCACUUUAUGAAUCACACAAAGACCACGUGGUAGAUGUAGUUGGCAUAACUGAUAAGAUGUGUGGAGAGGUCGACACGUGGUUACCCGUCACUCAAACGUUCUUUGACAAUAUGCCCGACACUUCCCAUAGUGUCAUCAUUUGUAUGAAAACUCUUUUUGGACUGAUAAAUCCAUCGCGAUUAAUUGAGUUUCUAGAAUUCAGUAAAAUAUUAGGCGUCGAGAAAGUAGUUAUCUAUGGAGUUUAUGAUAUUGGGCUCGAUGUCCGUGAUGUAUUAGAUGGAUACAUAAAAGAAGGGUUCAUCACAAUCAUAGACUGGAGACUUCCAUUCGACCCCAAUCUUACACACUUCUUUGGUGAAAAAGCAGCUAUUAAUGAUUGUUUAUACAGGUACGGCCCACAGUACAAGUAUAUGUUAUUUUCCGAUUUUGACGAGUAUUUCAUUCCAAGAUCCCACAAUACUUUGUAUGAACUAUUUGAAUCGAUCGAAGACACCUUUCAAAAUCCGUACCAUCCAAUUGGUGCAUUUAGGUUCCUUCAGACUCGAUUUUGCAUUGAUUCCCCAGAGCCUUCCAACGAUAACACUCACCUUGUCACAAUGAGCAACACAAUGCGUGAUGAUCCUAGCAUCAUAGCUGCAAAAUGUGUCGUAAUCCCUAAAAACGUUGUUGAGAUGGACGUCCACACACCAAGACAACAAGUGUCCAUCAACCACAAACGUCAGAUUGUCCCCGUAGACAUGGCACAGAUGCAUCACUAUAGAUACCGUGAUAAGGAGGAGGAGUACUGCAAGACUGAUGAUAAAGGUGUGAUGCGAUUUAACAAAGCACUAAAGCAGAAGUACAAAGAAGCAUCUGAUAGGUUCAAGGCCCAUACAUGGCCCGAUAAAUUAUUUGCUAAGGCAUUUCGACCUGUAUGUAAACAGCCUGUUGAGAAUAUGACGGGCUCUACUGACGAUUACUUUUCACGUCUGAAUGGGGCAAAAAAUUAAGUUCUUAAAGAUGAGAGAUUUCCUCUCGCCCAUUUUGCCUCAACUAGGUGUUGAAAACAAACAAUUUGAAGACGCUGGCGAAGAUUCUCUUACCGACUGACGCUCGCCCGUUUUAAGACGCUGAGUUCAAAACAGAAAGAUCUUUCCUAGGUACCCUCAAAGAACCAGUACCCUAGUUCUAGACACUAUCGUUACAAAUGAAUUGUUUUCACAAAACACACGAAUUUGUUAAUUCAUUAUAGUUUUAACAUUAGGUAACUAAUCAACAUUACAACCAUGUUUUGCGAUACCAUACACACGGAGAUAUUAUUUAUUUUGUAAUCCGUUGAUACAAGCGAUGGAACGCGAUCGUUAGCAGGCAGAAACAUGGAAUUGAUGCAACGUUGAUGAUAUUAGUUCUCGCGUCACUGUGGCUGUAAAAGACAUGUAUGAUGAGCAAUUUAAUUUGUAUUUGCCAAAAGCCAUAUAUAAGUUAAAUUAAAUGCAAUAUAAAUGUGAUAGUUAAUUACAGUAAUGUACAGAAAAUCGACUCUAUGACAAGAGUGUUCUUCCUUCCAGGUAUGGCGUCAAAUUAUAACUCAUUUACUGAUCAACUGAUCUGAUUUUCU